GUUUGGCAGCUGCGAAUUCGUUCGGAUUUUCCUUCCUUUCACCCACACGCAAUCUCUUCGUGCAUAUAGGAAGAUGGCUCGGGGUCCCAAGAAGCACAUGAAGCGGCUCGCCGCCCCCAAGCACUGGAUGCUUGACAAGUUGACCGGUACCUGGGCUCCCAAGCCCUCUGCCGGUCCUCACAAGCAGCGGGAGUGCUUGCCCUUGCUCGUUUUCAUGCGUAACCGCUUGAAGUACGCUUUGAACAACAAGGAGACCAAGAUGAUCCUUAUGCAGCGUCUGGUUAAGGUUGACGGUAAGGUCCGCACCGACUCCACCUACCCCGCCGGUUUCAUGGAUGUCAUCACCAUCGACCAAACCAACGAGAACUUCCGCUUGGUCUACGACACCAAGGGCCGUUUUGCCAUCCACCGUAUUACCGCCGAAGAGGCCAAGUACAAGCUCUGCAAGGUUAAGCGCAUGCAGAUCGGUGCGAAGGGUAUUCCCUUCAUCGUGACCCACGACGGUCGUACCAUCCGUUACCCUGACCCCAUCAUCAAGGUGCACGACACCGUUAAGCUUGACAUUGAGUCUGGCAAGAUCACCGACACCAUCAAGUUCGACACUGGUAACGUUGUCUUCGUUACUGGUGGUCGUAACACUGGUCGUGUUGGUGUCAUCACCCACCGUGAGAGGCACCACGGCGGUUUCGACAUUGUUCACAUCAAGGAUGCCCUCGACCGCCAAUUCGCCACCCGUUUGAGCAACGUUUUCGUCAUUGGUGAAGGCAACAGGCCUUACAUCUCUCUUCCCAAGGGCAAGGGUGUCAAGCUCACCAUUACUGAGGAGCGUGACAGGCGACGGGAAGCUGCUCGUGCUGCUGCCGCUCACUAAAUGGGUUCAGUGUGGCCAUUGUAGAAUUUGGGUGAUGUGUGGGUUGAUAGGUCGUAAAUAUACUUUGAAAUUUCCA